UUGGUUCCAACGCCGUGGUCCGGUGAAGCUCAGACGCUGCCACCAUGGGAGAUCGCAGUCGCUCGCGCUCACGCGAGCCGAAAGAUGUGGCCUCCGCGGCCAAGGCCGGAAACAGUGAACAGGAGAUUGUGGCCGUGGCCAUCAAGCAGCUUCCGGCAGACAUCAGAGAGCGAUUGGAGAAGCUCUUCGAGGAAGGCUUGUUGAAAGAGGGCGACCUGGACCUGCGCGCCAUCACGGUCUUCGCGUCGUUGAAUGAGAACUUGCAGUCGCGAGUGCUGAACCACAUGGAAACGGAGCGCAUCUAUGUAGCGAAUGCCCGUUCGAAGAGCGGCUUUCUGAUUGCCACGUGCGACAAGGCGAAGACGGGCUGCUUAGACGCCAGAGGCUUGGGCGCCAUCGACCCCUGGCGCACCGCUUUGGUGGCCAUGGCCACGCCCAAGCAGAAGUUGGUGGAGCUGAAGUCGGAACAGGAUUGGUUGGAUGAGAAAGGUGAUUCGCCCAUCAAAAUCAUCGUGGACGUCUCCGUGGUCGAGGGCGAGCUGGGCAUGACAUCGGUCACCGUGGAGCUGCCCUUGACCGAGACCUGCGCGGCGGUCAAGGCCAAGUUGGUGGCCAUGGGGGUGCGUUCCAUCCCGGCGAAUCGCAUGAAGCUGCAUUCUGAUCCUGCAGGAUAUCUCAAGGAGAGGUUCACCUUUGGCUUCUACAAUCUUGAAAAUGGUGUGACCUUGACCCUGAGUCAGCGCAAACGCGCCGGCAGCAAGUUCCGCCGAGAUCACACAGUGAUGCCCAAGCGCCCCAAGGCUCCCCCAGCCGAGAAGAAGCCCGACGCAGCUGCAGCGCCAGCUGCCCAAAGCCAACCCUCUAUGGGUGCCCCAGCCGCUGCAGGUGCCGGAGCCCCUGCAGCAAAGCCAGCCGCCGCGUUGCCUGGUGUGCCAGCGCUGCCUGAGUUGCCCAAGUUGCCCAGCCUGCCAGGGAUGCCAGGAAUGUCAGCUGCGCCCAAGCUGGGCAUGCCAGGUGUACCAGGGCUGCCAGCCAUGCCAGGUUUGGGGCCUUUGCCGACCCUGCCAGGGCUGCAGGUGCCAGGUGCACCGGGUGCACCGGGUGCACCAGGUGCAGUCGGCCUCCCGGGGAAGGCGGCGGGGAUGCCGGGCAUGCCAGGCAUGCCACCGAUGCCAGGAGGAUAUCCCAAGAUGUCAGGGAUGCCAGGGAUGCCAGGGAUGCCCGGCAUGCCACCAACGGCACCUGGCAUGGGAAUGCCGGGGAUGCCGCCGAUGAUGGCAGGAGCAGCUGCGAAGGGUGGAAUGCCUACUAUGCCCGGCAUGCCUGGCGGUGCUAUGCCCAAGAUGUGAGGAGAUUCAACUUGCCUACUGAUGUGCUCAGCGAAGAGGCUCAGAUGUAUAUAAUAGUGAGAUGAGUGAGUUUGGAAGGGCUGGAUGAGCCUUCCUGUCAUCAUGCUCACCCAAAGUCUUGUACUCUAGUGCAGUGGUGGCUGAUUGUAGUUGAGAAGGCUUGGGCGGGAGAGCCCCAUGCCUAAAGUGUGAAGGCUGCUAGUUACUUGCACACCGGAUGUUUGUAGUUCUGAGUUUUGAGCAUUGGAACCAUGACCGCUUCUUUGCGCCUCAUCAUGACCGAAAAAAACA